AUCAAUAUGAUAAUGAAAGGGCAAAUACAAGACUCUCGAUCAUCAUCUCCUUCUCUUUCUCCUUUUAAUAACAAGAAUAGCAAUUUAUCUUCUGUUUCGGCCGGAUCAAAAUAUAGUAAUACAUCGGAACAAAUUAUUUUUGAUCCACCAGCUUUAGAAUUGGUGCCUCAUCGUCCAGCGCCAAAGCCGCCUUCUGUACUUAAGAAAACGGAGAAUUUUUCUAACAAUACACAUGGAUCGAUUCAUUCACGGUCAGCUCCUGAAGUAUGGAAGUCGAUUCCGGGUCCUUUUACUCCACCUACUCAACAAUCGAAUACUUGGACACGAUCUCCUCCAUAUUCUCAUGGUUUCACACGCACGUGUAUUAUAACUUCGGAAUCAAUGACCAGUUCUACUCCAACGAAAAGUUAUGGUAGUUCAAACCAUAUUUUAAGUCCACCCACAACAGGUGGUAGUGGCAAAUCUACUAAAAGUGCUUUUGGUCACUUUAUGAGUAAUAUAACAGAGAUUUUAGGAUCACAAAAGAAGACCGAAAUUUCCUCUCCGUAUGAUCUGGUUCAUCUUACACAUGUCGAUUUUAAUGCAAAGACUGGCGAAUAUAAUGGUUUACCAAAGGAAUGGCAAAAACUUCUCUCUGAUUGUGGAAUUUCGGAAAAAGAGCAGGAAGAGAAUUUUCAUGCCAUUAUGGAUAUUGUCUCUUUUUAUGCAGAUGGAAUGAGUUCUCCUGUUCUUAGUGUUGCCGAUGAUGAUUUAGCGGAUGAUUUUAGUGGUUUAGAUCCAUUUAAGACUAAAUCACCAAAAACGCCUUCUUUAUCAUCAUCAAUGACAAUUUUUCCGAAAAAGCGUGGGGUUCUUCAAGAUAUCCCUUCAUUGCCUGCAGAUGCGAAACAACGAAUAUUAGAAGCAAGUAAGAAAGUUGAUAUUCCGUUGCAUCCACUAUCUUCAAAGGGUUUUUUUUCAUCUAAAAAAGUUUGGGGCGCACCUGUAACAACUUUGAAAAAACCAAGAAAUCCGAACUUUAAUAGCAAAAAACAAGAGAUUUCUUCGAAAAAAGCUGCGCAUCCUUUAAAACCAUAUAUUUCUUUUCCAAAAUCUGAUACUAGUUCCCUUUUAAAUAAUAAUUUAGAUAAAUCAUUUCAAGAUCUACAGAACGAUCCAUCAAAACAAUCUGAGACAAGGAAAACUUCAAAUAUAGGCUCUCAAACUUUAUUAAGAUUGAGACUUAUAUGUAAUACUGAGGAUCCCACCAGAUUAUAUCGCAAUUUAGUAAAAAUUGGUCAAGGAGCAUCUGGAGGUGUUUAUACCGCAUAUCAAGUCGGGACAAACAUGAUGGUUGCUAUUAAGCAAAUAAAUCUUGGGAAUCAAUUAAAAAGGGAUUUAAUAGUUAAUGAGAUCCUUGUUAUGAAACAAAAUAAACAUGAAAAUAUAGUCAAUUAUAUUGAUAGUUUUUUAUUGAAAGAUGACUUAUGGGUUAUUAUGGAAUACAUGGAGGGUGGUAGUUUAACUGAUGUUUUAAUGUCUAAUAUUAUGACUGAAAGUCAAAUUGCAACUGUUGUUAAAGAAGUACUUAAGGGUUUGAUAUAUUUACAUUCUAAGGGUAUUAUUCAUAGGGAUAUUAAAUCGGAUAAUGUUUUGUUGUCUUUGGAUGGUCUUAUUAAAUUAACGGAUUUCGGGUUUUGUGCCCGAGUUAAUGAAGCUAUGAACAAGCGUACAACAAUGGUUGGUACACCUUAUUGGAUGGCUCCUGAAGUUAUUACCAGAAAAGAAUAUGGUCCCAAUGUUGAUGUUUGGAGUCUCGGUAUCAUGUGUAUUGAAAUGAUUGAAGGCGAGCCUCCUUAUCUUGAUGAAAACCCUUUACGUGCUCUUUAUUUAAUUGCUACAAAUGGCACACCUAGAAUUACUCAACUUCAGAAUCUUAGUCAACCAUUUAGGGAUUUUCUUCAUCUAACUCUUCAAGUUAAUCCUGAACAACGUCCUUCUUCAUCUACAUUACUUUCUCAUCUUUUUUUUAAUAAAGUUUUACCUCUCAAUUGUUUAAUACCACUUAUUCGUGUUGCAAGAAAACAUAGUAAAAAUUCUUGAUUCUUAUCUUUCUUAAUCUUUAGUGGUCACGUGGUCUUGAUCUGAUAA